AUGGCCAUAGAUGAGCAAGAGCGGUUGACAUUCGAGGAUGUGUCCAUUGGUUUCUUCCCAGAGGAGCGGGAAUGCCUAGACCCUGCUCGCUGGAAUCUGUAUAGGGAUGUGAUGUUGGAGAAUUACAGGAGCCUUGUCUCCCUGGGUCUUGCUGUGUGUAAACCUUACCUGGUCUCAUUGCUGGAGCAGAGAAAGGCACCUUGGAAUGUGAAGAGACAAGAGUCAGGAACCAUGUACCCAGGUAGGCGGGAAUGA